UGUUUCACUAAUGAAAUGGUUUACGGUGGUGCCAUGUUGCUGACGGGUGGCCAGCUAAACGGAACCCAAAACCAGCAGCAACAGCAAGAGGAACAGCUACAACAACAACAACAACAUCAAAAUUCUCGUCAGGAUCAACCAUUAGAGCAGACAUUAAAUCGUCGUCCUACAGGCUAUUAUGCCUUGGGCAUACGUAUACCCAAAUCUCCCUCAUUUCAUAGUGGCUUAGAUCAAUUGGCUGACGAUCAGCAGCAGCAGCAACAGCAGAAGCAUUUUGAACAACUUGGUGAUACCACUCAAAAUUCCGAACUGGAGUCGUCGUCGUCGUCAUCAAAAUUUAAGUUUUCCAGCGUUGAGGAGUUGAAAGCUAAAUUUGAGAAUCGUAACAUGCCUUUAACGCCUCCAGCUGAAACCAUUGUAACCAGCAGCACGACUAACGCAACUGCAACAACAUCAUCAUCAUCUCCCUCAUCCUCAUCAACCUCAUCGAACUCAUCGGCCACUGCCUCGGCCCUGUCAUCAUUGUCGCAGGCUGGCUCAUCCUCGCUAGCCUCGGCAGCGGCCAAUUCAUCGGCCUCAUCAUCGGCCGCCACAUAUGGAGGGGGAGCCAAUUCGGCGGCAGCUGCAUUAAUAGCAUCAUCGUCGCCGUUUGGUUCGCAAUCAUCCACCUCCAGCUCCAGUUCCAAUUCGAGUUCUCACUCGGGUUCGCUAAAUUCCAAUCCAAAUGCAGGUGGAUUAGCGGGAUUAGGAGCCGGAUCUGGAUCAGGAAGCAUGGCCAAGACAUCUGGAACAGCCACAACAGCAGCCACUUCAUCUGGGGCAAUAAGUGGUAGCAUUGUGUCCACUUUGGCUCAGCAUUUCUCAUCUGUGACCUCCUCCGUGGCUAUCGUUUCGGUUUCGGCGUCGGCUUCCACCACCAAUAAGUCGCCAGUGAGUGCAGCCGCUGCCAUUAAGAAUAUAUUGAGUGCCACCAAAAAUGUUGGCAAUCAAUCAACAACAACAACAACAACUACGUCAUCGACAUCAUCGACAUCGACAUCGACAUCAUCAAUACCAUCAUCAUCAUCUGCAGAACCCGCUUUACGUGCAGAGGAGUCACUGCUGCGUCCCAAUAAUACGGUGGCUCAGAAUCUAGUUGGUGGUAUUAGUAUCACCUUGGGCAUAGGCCAGCGUCCAAAUAGUGGUAGCUUACGACAAAAUGGUGAUAUAUCCACCACAAAUCCCGCUACGAGUACAACUACAUCCACCACAUCCACAUCAAAUCUAGCAUCACCCCAAACGCUGCAACAGCUGACGGGGAGUCCAGGAAGGGCGCGUGAUCGGAAUCUUUUUCAUUUGCCACCGACAGCUUCGGUUGCUUUGGCGUUGCCGCCAUUGCGAGAAACUGCUCCAAGUGAACGUGAAGAGCUUUUCAUACAAAAAAUCCGGCAAUGUUGUACUCUCUUCGACUUUUCGGAACCGCUAAGCGAUCUAAAAUGGAAGGAGGUGAAACGGGCGGCUCUACACGAAAUGGUCGAGUUCUUAUCGAACCAAAAUGGGGUUAUUACGGAAAUCAUAUACCCAGAGGCCAUCAAUAUGUUUGCUGUCAAUCUGUUUCGCACUCUGCCACCAUCAUCAAAUCCCAAUGGUGCUGAAUUUGAUCCUGAAGAGGAUGAACCCACUUUGGAAUCAUCUUGGCCACAUCUACAAUUGGUCUAUGAAUUAUUUUUGCGUUUCCUAGAAUCGCCAGAUUUUCAACCAAAUAUUGCUAAACGUUUCAUUGAUCAUCAUUUUGUAUUACAAUUAUUGGACUUAUUUGAUUCGGAAGAUCCACGUGAACGUGAUUUCCUAAAGACUGUUUUACAUCGCAUCUAUGGAAAAUUUUUGGGCUUGCGAGCAUUUAUUAGAAAGCAAAUCAAUAAUGUUUUUUACAGAUUCAUUUAUGAAACUGAACAUCAUAAUGGCAUUGCUGAGUUAUUGGAGAUUUUAGGCAGCAUUAUAAAUGGUUUUGCCCUGCCCCUUAAAGAGGAGCAUAAACAAUUUUUACUUAAGGUACUGCUGCCAUUGCACAAAGCCAAAAGUUUAUCGGUCUAUCAUCCACAAUUGACUUACUGUGUGGUGCAGUUCCUGGAGAAAGAUCCCAGCCUAUCUGAGGCAGUGAUCAAAAGUCUAUUGAAAUUCUGGCCCAAGACCCAUAGUCCCAAAGAGGUGAUGUUCUUAAAUGAACUGGAAGAGCUUCUUGAUGUUAUUGAGCCGGCUGAGUUUCAAAAAGUGAUGUGUCCGCUGUUUCGUCAGAUAGCAAAAUGUGUGUCAUCGCCACAUUUUCAGGUGGCCGAGCGGGCUCUAUAUUAUUGGAACAAUGAGUAUAUAAUGUCCUUGAUAGCGGACAAUUCGCAAGUUAUAUUACCCAUAAUGUAUCCGGCGCUAAAUCGUAACUCUAAAACGCAUUGGAAUAAAACCAUUCAUGGUCUAAUCUAUAAUGCUCUUAAAUUGUUUAUGGAAAUGAAUCAACGGCUAUUUGAUGAAUGCAGCAAGAACCACCAAAAGGAGAAGCAAAUGGAACGAGAAAAGCUCUCGCAGCGCGAGGAAUUGUGGCAACAGGUGGAGAGCCUGGCCAAAACGAAUCCUGAAUGGACAAAGUCUAGACGGUUCUACGAUGAUGACGAAUUACAGUUCUCCGUUAGUCAAGCACAACAACAACAACCACCACCACACUAUGAUCAGUACAAUGAGAAUUGUGAUCUAACCUAUGAUAAGAUCGAUCAGCCACAACAACCCAGCGUAGGCCGUCAGCCACCACCACCACCACCCCAAAAGCAAACUGGGCUGCAGGAACCCAGAGAGAUACGCGGCGAACGGAAUAAGGAUAAACCGCUAAUGCGACGAAAAUCAGAUCUACCCUCGGAUAGCGGGACUGUGCGAGCACUUAUUGAGCAUAAACGAACCGAUGAAUACCUAACAACGCCGCCUUCAGAUCCAGCGAACAACUAGGCUAACUCCAUUUUGCACGAAAACCCAAAUGUUGCUCCUCCCCCUACCGCCUUCUAUCUGAAAGCAAGAGACGAUUGCGAAAAGGGGUCAACAUAAAUUUGCAUUUUUAUGUUAGGGGACACUUUAUGGCAGGAGCUUGGCAAUGGAUUACAAAAAAUAAUAUAUAUACACAAACACCCACACACACACACACAUCAAGAAACAAUUUCUAUAGAUUAUACAAUUUAUCAAAUAAAUAAAUAUGCUUUAUAAAACAAAU